GUAUUUACUAAUUGCCGAAAGGGUGCGCUCGUCUCCAAAUAAGCAGCGCUGCCAACGAUUGCAUGUAGCUGGUGGUUAUAAAAACAAUAAAGACAAAUUAACAUUAGAAAGGAUGGAGAAUGAAGGAACACAUGUCGUCGUCAAGACCGAACCAGAAUGGGAUUAUGUCAAGGAAGAGCUCAAUUUGGAAUUUGAAAUUGAUAACAGAAAUAUUAAUGUUAAAUGUGAACAGUAUAAUGAUGUUACAAUUGAAGAAGAUAAAAAAAUUCAUAUCAAAACCGAACCCCAGUCGCCCACUUUGGAAGUUACCUUUGAAUCCGAUCUGUCAUUACCUAUUCAUAUCAAAACCGAACCCCAGUCAUUCGCUUCGGAAGUGAAGUUUGAAUCCGAUCUGUCAUUACCUGAAAAUCAUGGGAUUGUUCCUCACUCAAAUUUCUCUAAACCGGCUUGUAGCAAAGAAAGUAACGAAAAUAUUAAAGAUUUCCAAAUGGCUUCAACAUCAAAGAAGAUAAGAGAAACAGAAAUAUCAACGUAUUCAGAUGAGCUGUCAGAUUCAGACUCAUUUAUUGAGUCUGACAGCGAUCUAAGUAUUGUUGACAUACCAGAAAUUUAUUCUCAUUCUGAAAACUCUGAUUCUGAUACCGAAGUUGAAGCCAAUUCCAAUGCUACAAGAACCUGCUCUCGUCAGGUUUCUCCUAAUUCCAAUGAUGCUCCUAAUUCCAAUGACGAGUUGGAAGAUGAGGGAUACCUUGAGGUUUUGCCACCAGAACAAUCUCUCUCUGACCCUUUCCCUUUCCUGGAACUAUCUGGCCCCAAAAACAUGCCUUCAGCUGACUCUCAGCCAAUCGAUUAUGUUAACCUCUUUUUCACUAUGUCUUUGUUUUCUCUUAUGGUGGUGGAAUCGAACAGGUAUGCCAAGCAAGUGAUAAAUGGCAUGGGGAGGAAUGUGCCCCAAUGUUUCCAGAAGUGGAAGAGUAUUACUAUUAAUGAAAUAAAAGGGUUUUUGGCUUGCAUUAUUGCUAUGGGAAUGAAUCCAAAAUGUUCAAUCGCAUCAUACUGGACCACUUCUGGGCCUCUGGAAACUCCGUGGUUCAGGGAUACGUUUUCGAAGCACCGCUUUUCUCACUUGCUACGAUUCUUCCAUCUUGUAGAUAAUAGUAAGUUGCCUGGCCCAGGGGAAUCAGGUUAUGAUCCAAGAGCAAAAUUUCAACCUUUGGAGGAUCAUGCGAAUAGGGUGUUCAGACAAUAUUACAUUCCUCAUAAGGAAAUAAGCGUCAAUGAAAUAUUGGUAGGUACCAAAAACCAUACCAGCCCUUGUCAGUAUGUACUCAAUACAAAAUGGGAAAUCAAAACUUGGAUGCUGUGUGACUCCAUUUCACACUACUGCCUGGGCUUUUUCACUUACCGAGGGGCCAAGUCCCAGGUGGAGAAGCACAGUGUCUCAAAGUUUGGUUUAGAAUACACUAUUGUCAGGCGAUUACUGGAUAUUGGUAAUUAUAACAACAAGGGGUACCAUGUUUUCAUUGACAAUUAUUUGACGUCAGUACACCUUAUUCGCCACCUGUAUUCCCAGGGAACUUACAUCACGGGAAUGGUGCGGAGGAAUAAGAAGCAAUUACCGCCACAGUUUAGAAGCAAAUUUUCUGUAGGCCAGACCUUGUAUUUCAGGUCUGGACCUAUAUUGGUAUGCGGCUUUCGGGAAAAAACAUCAGAAAAAAAACCUGUUCUUCUUUUAUCCAGCCAUGCAGGGGCACGCGACGAUCAAAUUGUUAAGCACAGGGUGGCUAUAUCAAAGCCACAAGUAGUAGUAUCCUACAAUAAAUUUAUGGGGGGAGUUGAUGUAUCUGACCAGAUGUUAUAUGCAUAUUUGGAUGAAAGGAGGAACAUAAAAUAUUGGAAGAAGGUAGCUUUCAACAUCAUAGCCAGGAUGGUGUUGAAUGCCUAUCUUCUUUAUAAGGAGAAUUCCGAAAGCCAAGGCAAAGUUUUGUCUCGCCAUGCCUUCAACUUAGCAGUAAUUGACAGCCUGGCGAGAGAAUGUAGGAAGGAGCGGAAGGAAGCUCUAUGUCCCUCAGAUCCCCGAGGACCAGUAGGACUUAGGAAGCUACCAGGCAGAACGGCAUACCGCUGCAUCGUGUGCAGCACUUCUAAACACAAGAAGACGACGACAAAAGCCUGCACACGAUGUGGCAAAGGUGUGCAUGCUGACUGCCUGGUAAAACAUCACUGCUAGCACUAAAGAUUUGGCCUGGCCCUGGGGAGAUGUUUCUGCUCCUUCUUACAUUUUCUACAGUUUGUAUAUACAGGGUCUUUAUAAUUAAAGUUCCACUUUGAAAUGGCCAUAAAAGAAAAACUACUGACAAAAUAUUAUCAAACUUGGUAAUAGUUUAUAAGGACCUACCAGUGACCAAGCAGUCUUCAACCCCUGAACACUGGGAGUUCAGUCAUGGGCUCGUGCCUCGCUCGGACAGACUAGCCACAUGGAGUUUUCUGGGUUUUCUCUAUGUCUGUAACGCCUAAAUAAGGGCCAGUUUCCCUUAAAAAGACCUUCUGGGAAGGCAUCCCCCUAGACAGAUCGCCCAAGUGUUGCAUUGCCAUAACUUAACAAACAACAACAACAAUAGUUUACAAGAAGUCAUGGGAUUUUAUAUGUGAUUUUAUUUUCUGCAAAAAAAAAAUUCAAAAACUCACCACCAGCAGGGAAUAGCACUGUAUACAAUAUAGUUAAAUGAAAUAAGACAUGAAGACAUCGGUUGAAAAUGUUUUUUAAUUGUUUCUAAUAUGAAACUGUUUGUGGGAUUAUGCAAAAUCGCAAUAGCUUGUAAAUGGUUUACGGCAAGAGGAAAGUAAAUUAGAAUUAUGCAAAUGCGCUUUACACAUCAGUUGAUUUUUCAGCUAUAAAAUUGAGCCUCCUUGUGAGAGCUCUCAUUGUUAUGAGUCGACGAUGUCUGUAACCAUGCAAGACUUUACUUUUCUCGUUAAGUGUUGUUAUGAAUGCGAUAGCAAUGAACGGCAUGCUUUGCAAUGGUAUCAUACCAUAAGAUGAAUAUGCCAAGGGCCAAUGACACUGCAGGGUUUGAGGAAAAUGAUGGCAAAGUUUAAAGCCACAGGUUUGUUAUCUGUUGCACCUGGAUGGGGAAGGAAGUCUGUUUCUGUGGAAACCAAGGAGGUUGUUGCAUUAGCAGUAGAAGUAGUAUAUAAAUACCGAUUCUGGCUCACUAAAAUCUUGAUCCAAAAUUGUAAAUGUUGUACAAUCAGAAAAUUUCAAAUAUUGUAAAAAAAAUCAUUCAAAAUCAAGUAAAACUUAGAAAAUUUCAAAAUAAUUUAAAAUCAGAAAAUCAAGCAAAAAUAAAAAAAAACUCAGUAGCCUCUAAAAUGAUGAUUAAUUAACAAACUCAACGAUAUGUGUUUUAUUUUUAUUUCCACAAUCUUCCAUUUCUGGCUCACUAAAAUGCACACAUUUAAAAUAUGAAUGAUUUACAAUCACAAAAUUUCAAAUAUCAUGAAA